AUGAUAAACUUAAAAUUGAUUUACUUUAUUCGACAUGUUGCUGAAGAAUUAAGAAUAUUAAUUGUUAAAACAGUUUCGAAAGGUCAUAAAAUGUCAAUUAAUGAUGCAACACAAGAAUUUAAUAACAUGUUUAACUUAAAACUUCAAAUUAUUAACGAUAGUUUUAAUCCUACUGAUCAUUUAAAUCAAGCAGUAAAAUUUAUUUAUGGUAAUUAUAAUAUAUUUGAAAGAACAUAUCUAGUGGAAAAAGCAAAUAUAUUACGAUAUAUACCAUUUAUUCAAGAUUUAAUCUAUGGGAAAAUUUCAGAUGAUGGAAUUACAGAAUUGAUAAAAGAUGAAGACAAAAAAAUUAUAGCUGAUUAUUCAAUGUUGGAAGAACAUACAUUUUUGAUUGAUCGAUCCGAUAAAUACACAUUAAAUACAAUAAAAAAAUUUGAACAUUUGAACAAGGACAUAUUAGAAGAUGAGUAUCAUAACUAUCACAAACAACUAAGACAAGAUGCGAUAAUAUUAGCAAAAUAA